AUGAGCGUGCCCGCAGCAAAUCGGCCUGGCCUUGCAAGCCCGGCAUCAGCCUUUCAAGGGAAUGACGAUCCUAAUGAAAUUUCGGAUGAUGACACUGAUGAUUCCAUCAUUGAACCUGCUUCCGACUUCUACCAUCAACACCUGUCUGCCGAAGCAGUAGCCUUCCUCUUCAGCGAGGUCUUCUCUGAUGCCGUAAAAUCAGCAGCGCUGAAUGCUGCGCGCAUGUUCGCGGUUUCAGAGUCGGCUGUGAUUGAAGAAUUUCGGCGUCUACUUGUGAUCAAGGUCUUCGUCACGGAUGUCGAUGGCUCCAAGAUCAGCCCUACCCCAUUGAUGGAUCAACUGUGGCAUGCGGCCAUUCUUGACACCAAGUUCUAUGCGCAACUCCAGAGUGUCUUCGGUGUCAUGCUCCAUCACAAUCCCUCCGGUGCAGCCGAGGAGCAGACAUCGCAACGCCAAAAACGUUUGGAAACGAUGCAAGUUCUCUACAAGAACUUCUUCAAUGACGAAGCGAUCGACCUAACAAGGCUUUAUUGUACAUUAGAUGCGUCAUUGCUCAAGAUUUGCGAGAUCUUAAGACGCAGCAAUUGGUCAACGAAUCAAAUGGUUCACUCUUUACAUUUUUUCACCCAUGCAAAAGUGUUAUGUUGACUAUUCUCAUCUCAGGCUGAGAGAGUUUCCGUAAUUUUCCAUUGAUUCCCAGUGGAUGCUAACAAACGUCAAUCGAAAAAGUUUGUCACGCCACUGUUUCGCUCUGACAAUGUUAAAGAUUAACCACCUGCAAGUGCACAAUGUUUUGUGUAUAUCCCAUCGUAUACUUGUCGGUGCCAGGGGAAUAAGCUGCCAUACAACACACUUUUCCUUGCACAAAGAAAGUUUGGAAACCUGGUAUACUGCACGUGCGAUUAUAGGUAACUUCGCAAGUAAAUAAAGGUCCAUAGAUUAUCAUUGAACCAUCCGAGUCAUGACAUAUGCAUCGCCACGCGCAAAGAAAAAGCCCAUCAAUCCAAGUAAUCGCGAGAAAAAUUCGCUUGAAGCGAUUAAAACGAGUCAUGAAGCUGGAUGCCAUCGAUUUUCUCGAGCUGAGAACCAGAAGCGUGCGGUUCACACUCAGGUCGUCUUUUAAGUUAAUCCGAGACAGGUUCCGGCAAAUGGAUCCGGAUUCCAGAAAGACGAAAAUGCGCCCGUGUCAUUUUCAUCAUUCCAUAAUCGUAUACGUGCAUCAAGACUACUCUCUUCCAAAUCUUCGGAGACGCUCAAUCUGGAUGCGAACUCAGUGAACGUCAUGUUGGCUACUCGCUUUCUUUUAGUUUCUUGCGAUCGUGGCGGGUGUGAUGCGCCGCUGUUUGCACUGCCGAAUGAUGAUGCUCUGGAGUUGGAGCGUUUCGUGGUCGAUCGCAAGUUGGGUGUCAGACUUGAUCGGCGGCUUCUUUGGUGAUCUAGAGUUUGGUGGCUUAGAUGUUUUAUGGGGUCUGCCAAUGCUAUCUGUUUCCCCCAAAUACGGUCAUUCACGACUAUAGUGGUCAGAUUCGAGGAAUCAAUAGGUGAUCUCGUUCGGAAUAUGGGCGUGGAUGUUUCGCAUUUUCCCCAGUGAUCGCGCACAACGUCGGAACUAGACAACGUCGUUCUGCAGUAGAAGCAAAUUAAUAGUGCUCGAUUUCAUGUGCUGAGAUUGUGCUGAUUGAUGGAUUUUUAUUGUGCUGAUUGCUAUGGAAGGGACUCACGAUAGAAUUGUUCAGCCAGAUAAUGCUUUCUGGGCUCUUCUAUGCUGUCGAAUGUGUCUCUGCAGCCCGGACAAGAGCUGUUUUUGUCUUGUCGGGCUUUAACGUGGAUUGGUCUUUCAGGCUUCGUCAUUACUUUUCCUUAGCCAUAAAUUCAUUGUCACAUCAUUCUGGGGCUUGGGCAGCUUACUAUUCUCGG